CAGCCUCAGCCUUGCUACUACUUUCUGACGAUCAACCUCUAUCUUCUGUAUCAUUGAGUUGACCUCUAUCGAUACAUUGUGGGUGGUUCAAUUGUUAUCUUAGAAAUAAACGAAGUGAUACUCCUGACCUAGCGUACAACAUUCGAGCUUCGGAGCGACCGAUCGAGAGCCCUCGCUGUGUCUUGUACACGAUAUUUGGCUCAGCAUCGAAGGAAAAACUAUUGCGAUUGGUCAAGAGUCCCCUCAGACCAACACUUUCCGUCUCCCGCCGACGCUCUCCCUCAGCGGGACCAAAAUUGAUCAUCCUCCACCUGCAUCGCCAUCAUGUCCAACAACGCACCCUCUACCCCCGUCAAGGUGCCCUCCAGCGCCGCAAACCACACACAGGCGACUCUGGAUCCAGAUUUACGCUCACAAAUCAACACAGUGCUUCUGCGCGACGGUCACGUCUCAAAAAUACAAGAUGCUCUUCUCCACGCGCUAAACUCUCAUUCUACAAACUGGCCCACGGCCAUCCAAUCGCAUGCACUUGCUCUGCUGCGCUCCGGCGAAGUGACAACUUUUCCCGCCCUACUGAGUCGCGUGCUCGAAGAUGUCCGGCACGAUUCUGCCCUCAACCCCAUAUCAUCGAGCUCGAACGGAACGAGCGCUAAGCCUGCAACAAACGGCGAUGCCCCGAAGACUAAUGGUGCGGCUGACGCUAAGCCUAGUCUUGCUGUGCCGGAGUCGGUAAUCGAGGAGGCUCUUCGCGUCACCAGGGAGAGCCUAGAAGCUGUUUGCGACAUCGAGGACGAAGGAACCGCUUAAGAUGCGGCUAUCCCUUGAAACAUUUGAACCAAGUCAAGAGGUGAUAGAAUAAUUCUCGUCGCAUCAGAAAAUAUGCCCGGCAUUCUGAAUUACAACAAAACCGAAGACAAUAUCCAAACAAUGCGAGAAGCCCAACAAGGGUUCGAUAACUUGGGUGCUUACUACCAUACACCAGCAAGCCCUACAUACGCAAAACCGGACAAGUCAGGAUACGCCCAAAGAAUAGCUUAACGAGGGCCUUUAUUGAAUAGCAAACUAACUUAUAUUAUAAUGCACAACAAACAUACUCGCACGGGGUGUUGGAAGGGAGACAGGACCCCGAACGCAUGGACACGAGACGAUAACUACGUAUGACACAAAUGAAUAGACAUUACCUUGAUGACUAUCUCUGACGAUUUUGCUACGGUGAAAAAUUAAUGUCUGCCCUUCUUGGCGCCACAAGGCUGAUGUACUUUAUGAAUAUCUCCUACGUGAAGGCGAGAAAUGUUCAUUUCCAGCUGCAGACUGAUGGAGCUCUCAGCUUCAUUGUAUUAAGACGACUG